AUGGUAGUUAUUGCCUUUGAAUUCAACAGCAACUUCACUUCUUCUUCUUCUUUCCACUAUGCUGCCAAUUCCUUCUCUUCCAGACCCUUUUUCGCCUCUCAUGCUCCAAAGCUCAAUUUUAGUCCAGUUAUGGUUUCAAUGAAGUAUGCUUCUAAUUCUGACCAUCAUCUUCACAAGGAAUUGGAAUUUAAACCAUCCUUCGAUGAAUAUUUGAAGGCUAUGGAAUCUGCCAAAUCUGUUAGGGUUAGCGAGACACCAAAAAAGGGAUAUGAAGGAAAUCACGUUAGAAAUUUUAAAAGAGUUGGAACCAAAAUUUAUAAGAAAGAUGAUGAAGACUCUUCCACAGGUAAUGGUAGUCCUAGAGGAAAACCUAAAAAAGAGUCUAGGGAUGAAUAUGGUGGGAAAGAGAGGAACCAGCACCAGAGUCGUAGUUUAGAGCCAAAUUCCGAUGACAGCAGUGUGAUUAUUAAGAGUCAAGAGGAAAUUAGAAGGGGAGGGAUAAGUAACAACAUAAUUAGGUCUAAAUUGAAUGGUGGCCGGGGAGUAGCUUAUGAUUUAUAUUCUUCAAAGAUGUCAGAACAAGAGGUUGUUCACAAUAGAAAGGGUAAAACCCUUGGUGGUGAUCAUUUUGUAGAUAGAAAAAAAGCUAUGGAUAGAGGUCCUGGUAAAAGAUAUGGUGAAAAUCAGAGAUUGACCAAUGGAAGUCAAAGGUCUAAUGGAAAUAUCAAGCAUUUUCAUAAUAGGGGUUAUGAUUCUGAUAACUUGGAGGUGGAACGAGCAGCAUUUAAGAAUCUUGAGGACCCCAACAAUGUUAUCACUAAGGCACACUUUUCGCAUAAAGAAUUAGAAGAGAGAAUUCAGAAGCUAGCCAAACAGCUGAAUGGUGUAGAUAUCAAUUUACCAGAAUGGAUGUUUUCUAAGAUGAUCAGAAGUGCAAAGCUCAAAUUUAACGACUAUUCUAUACGAAGGCUUAUCACAAUCUUAGGAAAUCUCGGAAACUGGCAGCGAGUGAUACAAGUCAUUGAAUGGCUUCAAACGCGUGAGCGUUUCCAGUCCCAUAAGCCGAGGCAUGUAUACAAUGCUGCACUUGACGCACUUGGGAAGUUGAGGAGACCUGUGGAAGCACUAAAUGUAUUUCAUGCAAUGCAGCAACAAAUGUCCACAUAUCCUGACUUAGUAGCUUAUCAUAGUAUUGCUGUUACUCUUGGACAAGCUGGACAAAUGAAGCAGCUCUUUGAUGUGAUUGAUAUUAUGCGAUCUCCACCAAAGAAGAAGUUCAAUAAAGGGAUAUUUGAGAACUGGGACCCAAGGCUGGAACCUGAUAUCAUAGUUUAUAAUGCAGUCCUUAAUGCGUGCGUUAAGGGUAAACAAUGGGAAGGAGCAUUUUGGGUAUUACAGCAGUUAAAGAAGCAGAACAUACAACCCUCUGCUGCAACAUACGGCCUAGUUAUGGAGGUGAUGUUUUCAUGUGGCAAGUACAACUUGGUUCAUGAAUUUUUUAGAAAACUUCAGAAAUCUUCUAUUCCUAAUCCAUUGACAUAUAGAGUUCUUGUGAAUACAUUUUGGAAAGAGGGAAAAAUUGAUGAGGCUAUGUCGUCUGUCAAUGAAAUGGAAAGACGUGGAAUCGUUGGUUCUGCUUCUCUUUAUUAUGAUCUAGCUAGAUGCCUCUGUGCAGCAGGAAGAAGUCAAGAGGCACUGAUGCAGAUAGACAAGAUAUGUAAAGUUGCAAGUAAGCCCCUGGUAGUGACCUACACUGGCUUGAUGCAAGCGAGUCUAGACUCUGGAAAUAUUCAAGAUGGAGCUUACAUUUUUGAGAAAAUGAAGGAAAUUUGUGCUCCAAAUUUGGUUACUCACAACAUAAUGCUUAAAGCUUACGUUAAACAUGGGAUGUUUCAAGAAGCUAAAGAGUUAUUUGAGCGAAUGUUGGAAAACACUAAUUAUUUGAACAACAAAGAUGAUUACAAAAUGCGAGUGAUACCAGAUAUAUACACAUUCAAUACCAUGUUAGAUGCAUGUGCUGCAGAGAAAAGAUGGGAUUAUUUUGACUGUGUUUACCAGAGGAUGCUGUACUAUGGUUAUCACUUCAAUCCAAAACGGCAUCUUCGAAUGAUACUGGAGGCUUCAAGAGCUGGAAAGGAAGAGCCAUUAGAGAUAACAUGGAAGCACUUGGCUGCUACAGAUAGAGUUCCACCAGUUUCUCUAAUCAAGGAGAGGUUUUGUACAAAGCUCGAGAAGGAUGAUUAUGUUGUUGCUCUCAAAUGCAUCACUGAUAACACACCAAAAGACAUGCAACCAUUUUCGAAGUUGUCAUGGUUGAAUCUAAUGAAAGAAAAUUCUAUACGCUUUCACAAGGAUACACUUGUUAGACUAAUGAAUGCAGCUAGCAAUGUAAUUUCCAACAAUAGCGUGCCUAAUCCAGCGCUUGUGUGCUUAAUUCAAUCAUGCAAAGAAUUAUGUUUUGACAUUCAUCACAAUGUAGCUUACGUGGAUUCAGCAAACAAUGUAUUUUCAUUAGAAACCAACACUAGGUCAACAUCUGCAUCAUAA